GAUAAGAGCGAUUAUGGGGUUUGUGCAGCUACGGGUGAAUGUUUCAUGCUGUAGAAUAGGAAAUACGACAUUCCAGAGGACUGUUUUAUUUUUAAUUUAAUUCUAAUCGUGUUUGACCAUCGAAUUUUCAACCUUUAAGCUGGCAUCGCGUGUAAAAAGACGGAAGCACGAGGGUCACCAGCAGGAACGGAAAAGGUCCUCCGCAGCUCUUCGUCCGGAAAAAUGUGUGGCAGAUCCAGUGGAGGGAAUAAUUAGCUUCUUGAUAACCCGGCGAGAAAUUGCUACGAAAAUGAAUUUCGGACGCUCGAUACGGAUCAAUAAGUGUGGUUUCGUGAUACUGGGCGUUCUGCUCAUCGGCGCCCUGUACUAUCUCUGGACCGGAGGAACCUCGAGUAGCGCGAGCUACGCGUUCAGCAAGAACCCGAACGAAAUUAACCUUCGCAAGCUGCUUAUCGGAUCGAUUCAGGCAGCACAGCACGGUGGUUUCGAGGUGGUGGCCGUCUCGAAGUCACGCGAACUGCACGAACAGAGCAAAGGCAAGACGCGCGAAGGUGCCAACAACCCGGUCACCGAUGCCGAUUACCGUUCAAAUUGCGUGAUGAAGAACGGCUUGCUGCGGAUCUUCCCGAAGUUGAAGCUCAUCUCCGAGGAAGACGAUCAGCAGGAACGGUGCGCCGAUGUGCAACUGUUCGAUCUCGAUCCGACGGUAUUGCACGAAACUGCGUCCGUGCCAGACGAACGUAUCAACAUUGAGGAUGUGGCCGUUUGGAUCGAUCCGCUAGAUGCCACGCAAGAGUUUACCGAACGCCUGCAUGAGUACGUUACCACGAUGGUAUGCGUAACGGUGAAGGGUGUCCCCACCAUCGGCAUCAUUCACAAUCCGUUCACGAUGAAAACGACCUGGGCUUGGCGUGACCGAGCCCUCUCGGAGGCGCUAGUGAACGUAAAACACGAGGCAGAUGUUAAACAUCCUACCAUCAUCGUAUCACGGUCACAUGCCGGUGCCGUGAAGGAGCAAUCGAAGCAAAUUUUUGGAGAAAAUGCCCAAGUCAUCACAGCCGGUGGCGCUGGUUUCAAAGUGCUUCAAGUGAUACAGAAUAAUGCGACGGCGUAUCUGCACACAACGCACAUCAAAAAGUGGGACAUUUGUGCGGGCGAUGCAAUACUGGCGGCCAUCGGUGGAAAGAUGACCGAUCUGCAUAACGAUCACAUUGACUAUCUAGACGGGCAGCCGCUGAAUCCGAACGGAUUGCUUGCUACUGCACUAGCGACGACGCACGAGGCCUACAUAAAGCGAAUAAUGGAGAGUCCUUUUCUGAAACACUAGAAAGAGCGGGUGAUGAUGGUGUAUGCUGAUACCAAUUCUGCUUUUGCUACAUCACAGCGCAAGCCAUGGACAGGCGUGUUCGCACUGGUGAUAUCAUCCUUUCCUAGCAGAUACCUUCAGCAAUGGAUCUCACUUUGAUCGAAUAGAUUAGGGGUGAUGGACACUAUGAAGGCCAGUGUACGAGAGCUCUGUGUCAUAAACUAAGUAGGACCAUUAUGUUAAUUCUAGUUUUCUAAUCUUUUGAAAAUAAAAAACCGAUUGCACCGACCA